AGUGAUAUAAAUAGAACUGUUGAUCUGGUAAUCAGCGUAGAUCCAGAGAGAAUUCCACUGUCGCUGAUUUUGCUGAGCGACGAAUUGGGUAGUCAGCGCAGGGUUCUGAAAUCCACCUUCGUACACUCGAGUGUCUCCGAUCAUGUAGCAGACAAGCUGCGAAAUCUCCUGGCAUCCAACAACGGCAUCUCUAGAGGAAAUUGUGACCUGGCUAUUACUCUCAUAUGGAAAAAGGUGGCACACGGACCCCAGCUUAUGGUCGACCCAACAAAGCAAACAACUAUCCAAGGAGAGGCCAAUGUGGCACGCUAUCUGUCACGCCUGCUGAACCCAUCUUUUGAUAAGGACAUCAUCUCGGCCACACUGGUAGAUGAGUUGCUUGACCUGGCCCAGCUGCAGCUGAUUGAGGGCAACUCCAAGGAGAAGUCAGCAGCCGUGAGGACUUUAAACUCCCUCCUGGGAAAGAAGGACUGGCUUGCCGGUGCCUCACCAGGUUUGGCUGAUUACGUGUGCUGGUCAGCCCUUCAUCAAACUGGCCAGACUACAAAUCCUCCAGCCAAUGUGAAGAAGUGGCUGGCCUUAUGCGGACAGCACAAAAAAUUUCAGGUGAUAUCAAAUCUUAUAAACUGA